AUGCUUUCAGGCGUAUCCAAAACAAAAUGUGACUCCGACACGAACUCGCCUCUUGAGGAUGACUUAACUGACGACGAAGGUGGCUCGCUUUUGCUCUAUCAAGAUGAAGAUAUAAACACGGUCCAAAUUGACCAUGAAAGCAGAGUCUCAAGACUUUUAUCCCCCGGAAGAAGUGUUCGAAUUCUCAUAAAUGAGGCUGGAAAGUCGAAUGAGGGUUUGGCAAACACCUCAAAGAAGUAUAUUGUGUACACAAUAUUGCUUACUGAUUUGCAAGGCGAUGAGAUCCAAACCAGAAGAAGAUAUUCCGACUUUGAGAGUCUACGCGACAUUCUCAUACGUGUUUUUCCCCUUGUGGUGAUUCCCCCCAUACCACCGAAGAACUACUUUUCCUUGCACAUGCUAAAUGGGUUUGUGGGCUCUACUCCAAGCGGACACAAUAUCACUGCAUCAAACGGGCUUGCAAAUGUCUCAGGGGCAGACUCGCCACCAAUGACGGGGCCUUCUUACUCGUACAUCAAUUCGAAUUACUUGAACAAAAGCAGGCUUAUUGAGCACAGAAAACGCCUUCUCGCUAAUUUUCUUAACAAUUGUCUUCUGAUUCCACAAAUUAGAAAGCUUGAUUUCUUUGCCAAAUUCUUGGACCCCUCCUCGAAUUGGUCUGACGAGAUAAAAUUUAUUGGCAGCCAGCUCCCGAAAUCUGUUUAUCAGCUGAAUCCCGAAAACGGUUUACGUACAGACCCCAUUUAUGCGAGUUUACCACUUCCUUUGUCCAAUCAUACAAUCAGUCUACCUUUUCUGAACUCACUAACGAACAAACUUUUCGCUCUGAAGAAGAAUCAUUCGGGAUCAUCAACGAAUGCGACGGAAUCUCAACUAUCAACACAAGCAUCGUCUACGCUGGCUGAGACUUCUGAUUCACCAAUUGUCACACAAACUAGCGAGAAGACCACUGAUGUGGGAAAUAAGAGCACUAAUCAAAAUUCUGUGGUAAACAAGUCACAUUUGGAUGAGAUUAAUAAGCGGAUUCUCAGUAAUUAUGUUGGACUCACGAACGAUUAUGUUGAGCUUGGCGCUUAUCUCAAUUCGUUUUCAACGAUCUUCGCCGAUACUGCAAAUGUUGGAUACGCGAAAGAAUCACAAGAGAAUGAAUUCAAGGUAGACAUCAUUUUUGACCGCAUCGGCUUAGCCUUCGACAAUUCUCUCAGCACGAUAAACCAUCUCAUAUCAGAGUUGGAAACCAAGUUCUCAGAACCCUUGGGUGAAUCUGUGAAGUAUACUUCCGUAUUUGAAUCAACAAAAAGAUUCGAAGCAAGGAAGAUCAAGCAAAGAAAUUUGAUUGAUUGGGAAAUAAGAGAAAAGAAAAAAGAGUUGGCUGACAGUCUCAGAGCCGAAAUGGAAGUCGGUAGGAUUGAGAGGGGUAUCCAGACCCAGUCUUUAAACAAAAGUCCAGCCUACAGUCUCGGAACAAGCCAAAAUCUCUUUAUUCCAGAAAAAUCAAGCUCUAAAACAAGAUUUUUACCUAGCAUAGGAUCUAUGAAAAAGAUUACCAAAUAUGUCUCGGAUAUCAUGGAUCAAAACCCGGAGUUAACAAGAAAGCAGAGAAUCACUCAAUUGCAAGAGCGGAUAGGCAUUCUUGAAAAAUGUCAACAAGUCAUGAUGCAAGACAUUUCAUACAUUGCGGACGAGUUGAACCAAAACGCAGAAAACUUUAGAAAAAAUGAACUCAAGUUGAUGUUUCAAAUUCUUUUAAACUAUAACCGAAUUUUCAUCACGUGGGCAAAAAGAAAUAUCGAGGUGUGGGAGGAAGCAAAGGAUGAGAUAGCAAAGCUACACCAGUAA